ACGCGCAAACCAUCACAACAUGACCUUUGGUAUGACCCGCAAAGUAGAAAGUUUGUUUUGAUUUCACACGUGUGAAAGGGAAUAUCGUGUAAAAAGCACAGACCUGACGUACAGAAAAGUAAAUAAAUAUUUUAAAAGCUGAUGGAGAACAUUCUCAAAAAAGAAUUAGGCGUGAAGACUGUGAAGUGUGUAGGAAGUACCGCUGGAGGAUGUAUAAGUGAUGGACAAAGUUUUGAAACAGAGUUAGGAAAAUAUUUUCUCAAAGUAAACACUCAGUCUGAGGCAAAGAGAAUGUUUGAUGGUGAGUUUGCAGGCCUUCAGGCCAUUCAGUCAACAGAUACUAUCAAGGUUCCUAGCCCUGUCAAUGUUGUCCCCCACCCCUCUUCUAAAGGAUCUAUAUUUAUCAUGGAGCAUAUUGAUAUGAGAGGCCUAGGUAAACACUCUGCCAAGCUAGGUGAAAAUUUAGCAAGGCUUCACCUACACAAUGAUGAACUACGACUAACACAAGAGGCCAACCAGGGCUAUGUUGGGAAAGCAGAGGCUGUUAAAUCCAUAUCACAGUUUGGUUUUCAUAUCACAACAUGUUGUGGAUACUUACCUAUGAAUAAUGAAUGGAAGAGUGAUUGGUUGGAAUUUUAUGCCCAGCACCGUUUAAAAAUGCAACUAGAUAUGAUAGAGAGGGAGUACAAUGACAGAGAAACUAGAGACCUCUGGCCACAAGUGGAAAGGAGGAUUCCUGAGUUCUUCAAAAGUAUGACUGUGAGACCAGCAUUGCUCCAUGGUGAUCUUUGGUCAGGGAACACCCAAGAGACCGAUACUGAACCAGUUAUUUUUGAUCCUGCUAGUUUUUACGGCCAUUCGGAGUACGAGCUUGGGAUUGCAGGGAUGUUUGGCGGCUUUGGCAGACAAUUCUAUGAUGCGUAUCAUUCCUUGAUCCCAAAACAACCUGGACAUGAUAAACGUCAGAAAUUAUACCAGCUUUUCCAUUAUCUCAACCAUUGGAACCAUUUUGGAUCAGGUUAUAGGGGGAGGUCAGUGACAAUUAUGAAAGAACUUUUGAGGUGAAAUCAUUUUCAUCAUCUUUGUCAUCAUCAUUCUCAGCAUUUUUAUCAUACAUCAUCAACAUUAUUUUAAUCAUUGGUAUCAUUAUGGAAGUAAUUAAAAAACUAUUCAUUCAAUUAUCAAAAGAAGGAUUUUUAAACAACAAAAUUAACAAUAUGUAUAUAUCCUACGGACGAAGCCCGCAUAGGUCUACUCCUAUCAUCUAAGUUUUACUCCAAAUUUAGUUAGAAGUUAGCAAAGGAAUUAUCAACCUAUCACUCCAUUUAUUUGAAAAUAAAUGAAAAAUUACAAAAUAGAUGAUACCCUUUUUAUGAUGACAUUAAUAUUGUGAUUUCAUGUAACUUAGCUAUAAACAGCGCCCCCAAGAGAACUAAAGUAAUUAAAUUGCAUGGCAGUUCUUGGCAUGCUGAUAUGUAAUAGGUGUGUUGAACAUUUAUUGAACCUUAACCAUUGAUCGCUGACAUGGAUCAAUGCUAUCAUAUGGUUAAGUGAAACUAUAGAUUGUGGUUGAGGUGCUUGCCUUCAGAUCCCAGGAGUACAGGUUCAAAUCCUGUAAGAAGCCAGGAUUUUUUUUCUAAAAAUAUGGCUCCACUCGCUAAGCAUCAUAGAGAUCUAAAACAGUAGUUGUCUACUAGCUAACAGGUAUCGUAAAUAAAUAUUCUAAAUAGAUAUAUAUUAUGUGCUGUAUUCUAAUAUUUUUAAUUAGUUGAAAUUAUUCAUUAUUCAAUAUAUGAUAAAAUGGUAGAAACAACAUUUAAUUAUAAAUGUUGUAAAUUCUUUUUAUACAUUAUUGUUAUCUCUUACAUUUUAUUAAAUGUUUAUUCAAUGUUCUCAACAUAAUUUCCGAAGGACAAAUUAAAGAUCGAACCUUGAUAUAUCAAGCAA